AUGGCAGACAAGGACAAGGUUGAUGCUGUGGCUCCACAGACCAACGACACAGACACCACUCCUUCCAGCUCCAACAACACAAACGUAGACUCGAAAGGGGACAGCUCGAGUGAGUCGAGAAAAGAAAAGGUGGCAGCUGAUUUGAACGACACAAACAGCGACGCAAAGGCUGAUGGAAAGGCCGACGACACGACCACAGAGACCACAGAAGCUAAGGAAGAGGUCCAAGCAAACGGUCACGAACCCAACGGUGAUUCCAAUGGUAUUGAUGUGAAGGAUGAGGAAAAGGACGACAAGGACGCCGACGACAACAAGGAGGAUGUCGUGAAGGAAAUGGAGAAGAAGGAAAAGGAAAUGGAGGAGAAGGUCGACAAGGAGACUGAGGCUGCCGGCGAUAAGGUUGUGGCCGAGGAGGAAAGUGGUGAUGUGGAAGAGGAUGCUGACGGCGAGGAUGUGGAAGAGGAUGCCGAAGAGGAGGCCGAAUCGCGUGACCAGAGUGUUGCUGACGUGACCAUGGCCGACACCACCACAGACUCGAUGGACGUCGGUGAUUCUUCUGCCUUCCCUCCCGGAACAAUUGUGCUCGCAAAGGUCAAGGGUUUCCCUGCUUGGCCUGGUAUGGUUGUGCCUGAAGACGUGCUACCUUCGUCGGUGCUCAAUGCUAAGCCUCGAAAGAACCGACAAAUGUGGCCCGUGCGUUUUUUCAUCGAUACCACUCAUACCUGGGCCUACCGAAACGACCUCAAGCCAUUGGGUGUGGAGGAGGCCGCCAACUUCCUCAAGUCUGCCUCUCGGGGACGAAAGGACAAAUCUCUCCAUGCCGCCUACAAGGUGGCUUCUGAACCUCCUACUCUUGACGAAUUUGUCGAGCAGGUGUAUGGCGACGUAGAGGAAGAGGAAGAGGAGGAAGAGGAGGAACUGGAGGAAAAGCCACCAGCAAAGAAGCGAAAGACAGCAGCCAAGGCUUCUACACCGGCCUCCAAAAGCAAGACCUCGGCUGUUAAGGAGGCCAUCAAGGAGGCUAAGAAGAAGAGCGGCCAGCAUGCUUCCAAGGACCACGCUAAGGACGAUGCCAAAGAGGCAGCAGAAGGUAAAGGAGGUGCUGGGGCCAGGGGAGGAGCCAAAUCGGAUUCCAAGUCUGCGUCUGCGUCUCCUGCUCUAUCUUCCAAGCCCAAGUCUUCUCCUGCACCUAAGCGGUCCGACAAGGAGGGCAAGGUGCUCGUGAUUCGGCACAAGCUGCAGCGGGGUCUGCUCUCUGGCAGUGUUCCUGACGAUUCUGAGCUUCCCGGACUGUCUCAGUACUUGACACGGUUGGAAGAAUUUGAGGGGCUGGAGACGUCGAUCAUCCGACAGACCAAGAUCAACAAGGUGCUCAAGGGCAUUGUGAAGCUGGACUCAGUGCCUAAGGAUGAGGAGUACGGCUUCAAGGAGCGAUCUCUGAAGCUGUUGACCGCGUGGAACAAGUUGGAGUGA